CUCCGAUGAGGCUCCGCCCACUCCGAUGAUAAGUCCUAUAAUCGAAGCUCCGCCCACUCCUGUGACAACUCCAAUAAUCGAUUCGCCUACUCCUGAGACUCCAGUUACAAUACCUGAAGAAAAGCACCUUGAAUAUAAUGACAAAACUCCUUUAGAUGGGAAAAUAACGCCCCUUUCAUAUGUGGAGGAGCCUAAUGAAAAGCCAUUAUUAACUGAUGAUCAAAAAGUUUUAAUGGAAAUGGCCGUUCGUGCCGCUACAGUGUCGAGUUGGCAGAGCAAGCACAAAUAA